UCUUUUCUUUAGAUUCAACCUUUUCCCGGUUGCUUUCCUCAUCUGCUUCCCACUCUCACACACACACACACACAAAAUCACAGAGCACUGAUCACACAAACACAAUCACAGAGCACUGAUGUGUCUUCUCUCUCUCUCUCUGUUUCUGCAUUCUCUGUGUCAGUCUCUUCCUCUUUUCCUCCUCGGCUGAGCUGAGAGAGAUUGAGAGAGAGAUUGGGUGUAAAAAGCUUUGCCCACAAUGCCCACCUUCUUUUUCUUCUUCCUUCUGCUCUUAUUCUGGGCACCUCUGCAGUUAUCCUGCACCAACUCCAUUGUUGGCCGCAGAAUUCUCCACGAGCCGUAUUUGCCUCUCGGCUCUGUCCCGCCUUCUCAACCUCCUUCUCCAUCUCCCCCAUCUUCUCCCACUACCCCCAAGUACCCUUUUUCCACUUCCACCCCAAACCAGUCUCAGUUUUUCCCGUCCUAUCCCCCGCCCCCUCCUCCUCCCUCCCCUGCCACCUUCGCUUCCUUCCCUGCCAACAUCUCAUCCCUCAUUCUCCCUCAAUCCCCCUCUUCCAAGCAUACUUCUUCCAAGCUCGUUGCAGUCUCUGCCGCUGCUGCCGUUUCAGCGGUCGUAUUCGUCGGGGCUGCGGUUUUCUUCCAUUUCCGGCGCCGUGGUUUCGCCGAAGACAAGACUUUGAGGUCCGAUAACAGUAGCAGGUUGUUCCCGGAGAAUGCCGAAGAAGGUAAUGGGACUAUCACCGUCGCCGCCAGCAGUUCCGAGUUUCUGUACCUAGGCACGCUUGUCAACUCUCGGGGAAUCGAUGAUAGCUGCGUUAACGCUAACGUCGGAAAUGGUGAUGGCGGCGACGGCGGCGAUUUGGAUACUCGGAAUCUGAGUUCUCCGGAGCUCCACCCGCUUCCGCCACUUACUCGGCAGAAUUCUAUGGUUGUUGGCGGCAACGAGGAGACAGAGGAGGAAGAAGAGUUUUACUCGCCUAGAGUGUCGUUGAGUGUCACUGGAUCAGGUUCCCGGUGCUUGUUUCUGGCCGAGGAGAAAAAAUGCAGCGAUUCCAGUUCCUGUUCGUAUCCAUCUUCGACUUCCGGUUCGCCUGCUCGGUCUCACUCGAUUAGUCUCUCUCCGCCUGUCAGUUUGAGCCCCCGAAGAUUGCAACCCAACUCUGCACAGCCACAAGCACCAGAUGCAUCUCCAAGACCAUCGAACGACGCUAAUUCUAGUAAAAAUGUGGUAUAUUCAUCUUCGGCAUUCUCGACUCCAGAGAGAGCUGUUGACAGAAACCCAGAUGCGUCUUUGGGAGCAUGGAAUCAACAGGUUAGGUCAACUACUUUUCCGUUGGACAAUCACCAGGAUGCGUCUCCAAGAAAAUCAAAUGUUUCGGAUCAAAUAUCUCCGACUUCGAGGAUACUUGAUUUAGCUUUAUCACCCAAUGCUUCAGAUCGGAAUCUCCGGCAGUCUCCCACACCUUCACUUCCUUCUUCAUCACAAUCUCCGCCAUCUUCGCCGAAGCGUAAGUUGGAGGGAAAUUCACCGACAAGAUCCUGUCUUGAGGAGUCCCCUGAGAGAACUCUCAGUGCUACAUCUCAGCUGCAUUGUAUUCCGUCUCCUCUACCUUCGAGGAUCCUUGAUUUACCUUCAUCACCCAAUGAUUCAGAUCGAAGUAAUAUGCAGUCUCCAACAACUUCACUACCUUCUUUAUCGCCAUCUCCGCCAUCUUCGCCGGAGCGUAAUUUGGAGGGAAAUAAACCAGCAAGAUCCUGGCUUGAGAAGUCUCCAGAGAGAACUCAUAGUGCUUCGUUGCAGCCGAAUUGUAUUCCGUCUCCUCCGCCUUCGAGGAUCCUUGAUUCAGCUUUAUCAGCCAAUGCUUUGGAUCGAGAUGACCAGCAGUCUUCCACACUUUUACUACCUUCUCCAUCACCAUCUCCGCCAUCUUCGCCGGAGCCUAAUUUGGAGGAAAAUACAACAAAAAGGUCCUGGCUUGAGGAGUCUCCGGAGAGAACUCUCAGUGACUCAUUGCAGCCGCAUCUUAUUCCGUCUCCUCCGCCUUCCAGUAUCCUUGAUUUAGCCUUAUCACUCAAUGCUUCAGAUCGACAUCACUGGCAGUCUCCCACAACUUCACUACCUUCUUCAUCACCAUCUCUGCCAUCUUCGCCGGAGCGUAACUUGGAGGAAAAUACACCGGCAAGAUCCUGGCUUGAGAAGUCUCCAGAGCGAACUCUCAGCGAUUCAUUGCAGCAGAACCGUAUUCCGUCUCCUCCGCCAUCGAGGAUCCUUGAUUUAGCUUCAUCACCCAAUGCUUUGGAUCGAGAUCACCGGCAGUCUCCCACACCUUCACUACUUUCUUCAUCACCAUCUCCGCCAUCUUCGCCGGAGCGUAACUUGGAGGAAGAUAAGCCAACAAGAUCCUGGCUUCAGAAGUCUCCAGAGCGGACUGUCAGUGACUCAUUGCAGCAGAAUCGUUUUCCGUCUCCUCCGCCUUCGAGGGUCCUUGAUUUAGCUUCAUCACCCAUUGCUUUGGAUCGAGAUCACAGGCAGUCUCCCACACCUCCACUACUUUCUUCAUCACCAUCUCCGCCAUCUUCGCCGGAGCGUAACUUGGAGGAAGAUACGCCAACAAGAUCCUGGCUCGAGAAGUCUCCAGAGCGGACUCUCAGUGACUCAUUGCAGCAGAAUCCUACUCCGUCUCCUCCGCCACCGAGGAUCCUUGAUUUAGCUUCAUCACCCAAUGCUUCGGACGAAGGUCACCGGCGGUCUCCCACACCUUCACUACCUUCUUCUUCACCAUCUCCGCCAUCUUCGCCCGAGCGUAAUUUGGAGGAAAAUACACCAAGAAGAUCCUGUCUUGAGAAGCCUCCAGAGAGGACUCUCAGUGCUUCAUCACAACCGCGUCGUAUUUCGUCUCCUCCGCCUUCGAGGACCCUUGAUUUAGCUUCAUCACCCAAUGCUUCGGAUGGAGAUCAUCGGCAGUCUCCCACACCUGCACUACUUUCUUUAUCACCAUCUCCGCCAUCUUCGCCGGAGCGUGACUUGGAGGAUACGCCAAGAAGAUCCUGUCUUGAGAAGUCUCCAGAGCGAACUCUCUGUGCUUCAUCACAGCGGCACCGUAGUCCAUCUCCUCUGCCUUUGAGGAUCCUUGACUUAUCUUCAUCGCCCAGUGCUUCGGAUCAAAAUCACCGGCAGUCUCCCGCACCUUCACUACCUUCUUCAUCACCAUCUCCGCCAUCUUCGCCGGAACGUAAUUUGGAGGAAAAUACACCGACAAGAUCUUGUCUUGAGAAGUCUCCAGAGAGAACUAACAGUGCUUCAUCACAGCCGCAUUGUAUUCCACCUCCUCCACCGCCACCGCCACCUCCGCUACCCAUGCACGGACACUGGGAAACUCCAGAUCCUUCAACACCCAUUGCUCACUCCAAACCCAUCUCUCAGCCGCCCGCACUCAUACCGCCUUCGAGGCCUUUUGUAUUGCAAAACCCAACACAGGUUUCUCCAAUUGAGUUGCCACCCAGUUCUACAUCCACAGAGAAGAGUGAGGAAACUCCCAAGCCCAAGUUGAAGCCGUUACAUUGGGAUAAAGUAAGAGCCAGCUCUGAUCGUGAAAUGGUGUGGGAUCACCUCAGAUCUAGCUCUUUUAAAUUGAAUGAGGAAAUGAUCGAGACAUUGUUUGUCGUGAGCACACCGAACCCAAAGCCUAAAGAAACAACUCCACGCUCGGUUCUUCCUUCACCAAAUCACGAUAAUAGAGUGCUUGAUCCCAAAAAGUCGCAGAAUAUUGCAAUUUCGUUAAGGGCCCUUAAUGUUACCACAGAGGAAGUCUGUGAUGCCCUUUUAGAAGGAAAUGCAGAAACACUUGGUUCUGAAAUACUGGAAAGUUUGCUGAAGAUGGCUCCUACCAAAGAAGAAGAAUGGAAACUGAAGGAGUACAAAGAUGAUGAUUCAGCAAUUAAGUUUGGCCCAGCUGAGAAAUUUUUGAAGGCACUGCUUGAUGUACCUUUUGCAUUUAAAAGGGUGGUUGCAAUGCUUUACAUAGCUAAUUUUGAGUCUGAGAUUGAGUACCUCAAAAAAUCUUUUGGAACUCUAGAGGCUGCUUGUGAAGAACUGAGAAACUGCAGGAUGUUUUUGAAGCUUCUAGAUGCUGUGUUAAAGACUGGGAACCGCAUGAACAUUGGGACAAACCGUGGGGAUGCCCAUGCCUUCAAGCUCGACACACUUCUCAAGCUUGUUGAUGUCAAGGGUUCAGAUGGAAAAACCACUCUUUUGCAUUUUGUUGUACAAGAGGUUAUCAGAACAGAAGGUGCUCGACUCUCAGGUACCAACCAAACUCCAAACUCUACUUUGAGUGAAGAUGCCAAGUGUAGGAAGCUUGGCCUACAAGUUGUCUCUGGUCUGAGUUCGGAGCUUACCAAUGUGAAGAAAGCUGCUGCAAUGGACUCUGAUGUGCUUAGCAGUGAAGUCUCCAAGCUUUCUAGGGGGAUUGGGAACAUUGGCGAGGUUGUGCGAUUAAACGAGACAACAGGAUUGAAUGAAAGCAGCCAGAAAUUCUCAGAGUCGAUGAACAAAUUCAUGCAAAUGGCUGAGGAGGAGAUUAUAAGAAUUCAAGCCCAAGAAAGUGUUGCUCUGUCUCUAGUGAAGGAGAUUACAGAAUACUUCCAUGGGAACUCAGCCAAGGAAGAAGCUCAUCCCUUCAGAAUCUUCCUAGUCGUUAGAGACUUUCUUACCAUUCUUGAUCGGGUCUGCAAGGAAGUUGGCAUGAUAAACGAGCGAACAAUAGUUAGUUCUGCCCAUAAAUUUCCAGUUCCAGUGAACCCAAUGCUGCCACAAGUUAUUCCUCCAAGGCGGCAGUACAACUCCUCGGAUGAUGAGACUGCAUGUCCUUAGUUUUAUGGCUCAUAUCAGGGCGACCUUAAAACUGCAUCUAGCUACUCUUGAAAACAGGUUGUGCAUAGGAAAGGUUGGAGCUCGUAUGGUUCUAACUACUUGUAAUUUAAUUUAUAUAUUUUUCUUUGAAUCUGUAUAAAUCCAUGUAAAAGAGCUUGAUUUCGUCCUAUAGAUAAUAUACAGAGAAUAGGUUUUUUUCUUCCCCUACGUAGAACAAGUGAAUACGAUAAAUUUUUGGGAUAUGUAUUGUAAGCGUUUGAACAAUUAUCAGUGGCAAUACAAAAUGCAGUUCAAUAUAA